CACAGGAUACUGGGAUGCCGCCUCUCCCCACUGAGUCUUCCAGUUUCCCGGCGUGCUUCGAGCCCGCCAAAUGGGAGGGGGAGACGCAAGAUGGCGGCAGCCGCGAACUCUGGCUCCAGCCUCCCGCUGUUCGACUGCCCGACUUGGGCAGGUAAACCCCCACCUGGAUUACAUCUGGAUGUAGUCAAAGGAGACAAACUAAUUGAGAAACUGAUUAUUGAUGAGAAGAAGUAUUACUUAUUUGGGAGAAACCCUGAUUUGUGUGACUUCACCAUUGACCACCAGUCCUGCUCGCGGGUCCAUGCUGCCUUGGUCUACCACAAGCAUCUGAAGAGAGUUUUCCUAAUAGAUCUCAACAGUACACACGGCACUUUCUUGGGUCACAUUCGAUUGGAACCUCACAAGCCUCAGCAAAUUCCCAUCGAUUCCACAGUCUCAUUUGGUGCAUCCACAAGGGCAUACACUCUUCGAGAGAAGCCUCAGACAUUGCCAUCGGCUGUGAAAGGAGAUGAGAAGAUGGGUGGAGAGGAUGAUGAACUCAAGGGCUUACUGGGGCUUCCAGAGGAGGAAACCGAACUUGAUAACCUGACAGAGUUCAACACUGCCCACAACAAGCGGAUCUCCACCCUCACCAUUGAGGAGGGGAAUCUGGAUAUUCAGAGACCAAAGAGGAAGAGGAAGAAUUCACGGGUGACUUUCAGUGAGGAUGAUGAGAUCAUCAACCCAGAGGAUGUGGAUCCCUCAGUUGGACGCUUCCGGAACAUGGUGCAGACGGCUGUGGUCCCAGUGAAGAAGAAGCGAGUGGAGGGCGCCGGCUCCCUGGGCCUGGAAGAGUCGGGGAGCAGGCGCAUACAGAACUUUGCAUUCAGUGGAGGACUCUAUGGAGGUCUGCCCCCCACGCACAGUGAAGCCGGCUCUCAGCCCCAUGGCAUCCACGGGACAGCACUCAUCGGUGGUUUGCCCAUGCCAUACCCGAACCUUGCCCCUGACGUGGACUUGACUCCUGUUGUGCCAUCAGCAGUGACCAUGAAUCCUGCACCAAACCCUGUCGUCUAUAACCCUGAAGCUGUCAAUGAACCCAAGAAGAAGAAAUAUGCAAAAGAAGCUUGGCCGGGCAAGAAGCCCACUCCUUCCUUGCUGAUUUGAUAUUUUUGGUCAUGGAGAAGGGUGGGAUUGGGUGGGAGUUGGGUGGAAGGGCGAUGGGGGAGCUAAUGAACUAGGGAGAAAAAUUUUCCAUGUGUGCAGUAUCGUCUUUCAGAGUGUCUCCUGGGGUCCUAACCAUGUGAUAUCAAGACUUGGGGUGGGGUUGAAAUAGCCCGUAAAGACUAGUCUUCAGAACACCUUCGGUGUAGAGAAAUGUUUUAUACAUCCUUUUAAAUAGACUGCCCUGGCCCUCUCCCAGGCCUUUCAUUACCUCCUCCUUCCCUCCCUCUUUCUAGGAUCAUUUUUAUUUAAAGUCAUGAACCCUAGGGAGACACUCCAGGCCCUCAGGUUGAAUUCAGAGGUGGGGAGGUGACCGUCACCUCAUCAGCCUUGUGGGUACUGCAGCCUAAUUUAAACGUACUAUCCCUGUAAGUCCCACAGAGCAAAAGGGUUGCCAUGGGUCUGAGGUUGAUCAGAAAGGGUUUAGUACUCUUCAGUUAAGCUCAAGUUUAAACUCAAAAUAUUUCCCUGGUCAGUGGUUUUGAGGUCCAGUAGUUAGGCUUUUCUCUUGUGUUCUUUCUAUUGGAAUGAGGACAUUUUGCUUGUGGCUGAGGCCCGUGCCAGAGACACAGGUUGGUAGUUUUACACUUACGACUUGUUUGAACUUUACCUGUUUUUCUUGUCAAACCUGAGUACCCUACGUGCAGAAGCUUCCCAUUUGACUCUGGAGUACUGUCCUCGACUCUAAGGCUGUACUUUUCCUUUUCAAGUGUGUUAAUGAAGGCGACUUACAAAGGAUAUGACCAGUUAGAAGAAUUCCAAUUAAUUAAAAAAAAGAUUUAACUUUGCAAGCAACGGAUGUCUCUAAGAGGAUGUUUUUAGAAGUUGGUUCAAUGGCUCUUCCCCCCUUUGACUGAGAGCUCUCGUUUCCCAGAGCGCUGAGGCUAGUCCUGGCUAACAAACGUAGGAGACGGAGGUAGGAAACAUUGAUGUGAGCUUUGUACAGAGAUUUGUACAUUUGUGUAAUAGGCCUUUUCACGCUUUAAGUGUAGCUUUUUACCUGUAACCUUUAUUACAUUGUAAAUUAAAUGUAACUUUUGUCA